UAAAGAGGCAGAAUCCUGGGAGCCUGGCUGCAUAAAGAAAUGGUGAUAAUUAGGCACGGCAAGUAGGAUCAAAGGGAGCUGCCAUCAAUGAGCUAUGCAAAUGUCUGCUCAUCCUGUCAUCCACAAACAGUGAUCUGAGACUCCGGCGUCUGCGUGGAGUCACAUGGCAGACGAACUGACAGGAGAGGCUGUGUACAGCUGGAGCCCACGUUCAUCAAGUCCCAUUGAAAUCAAGACUCUCAUGCGGUGUUGAUCCUGCCCUGCUGUGUUUUAUUUUUCCACAUCCCUCGGCCGGAUGUGUUGCGCCUCGACGCGCCUUGACGCGCCUCUGCGCGCCGUGCUGCGUUCAGGCGCUCCGCACAUCAGUUGAACUGAAGUAAACCGUGAAGGCAGACAGACAGCCAGAGCCUCCCGUCUCCAUCAGGACUGCUCUUCCUCUUCCUCACCUCUCCUCCGUCUUCUCAGCUGACGUUUGACCGUUUCGAUGAGCGCUCCGGUUUAUCCGCCGGCCUUUGGAUGAAGUCGGACUUUCUUUCUUUCCAAACAAACACAAUGUGAAGAUGUGAAGUGAGGAGCUCUUUUAAUUCUGUCGGAUUUCGGAGUAUACCUUCUGUGAUCAAAAAGGGACUUAAGAAUGGGGAAACUUCAGUCAAAACAUGCGUGCAAACGCAGGGAAAACCCAGAAGGAGACAGUUUUGUUGUGAACGCCUUCCUCCGGAGAGGGAUGGAGGAAUGUGAGCGGUACAGCGCGGCGGACCACAAGCUGAAGAACAUGCAGGAGUUUCCAAAUGGUGAGCUGAAGGAGGGACAAUUCCCAGACCAACACUGUCCCCUAGAGGUGGUUCUACCUCCAGAGAAAGCGGAGGGCUGUGAAAGCUACCUGCAGUACCUGCACUCGGAGGACGGGGAGAGGGUGACGCUUCGGGAUGCCACCAAAGCUUUGGGGAAGAAGCGCAUCAGUCUGGACGAUCUGGAGUGUGACGUUUCCGUGGAGGACGACAACCGUCAGGAGUGGAUCUUCACUCUUUACGACUUUGACAACAGCGGAAAAGUCACUAAAGAGGACAUGUCGAGUUUGAUGCACACCAUCUACGAUGUGGUGGAUGCCUCUGUGAAUCAGUCCUGCCACAACAAGAGCAAGACUCUGCGCGUCAAGCUGACUGUCACUCCAGAGCCGCGGUGCCACCGGAGAGAAACGGGGGCAGAGCGCAGUCACCAGGAAGAAGGCCGAUCCGCCGACAAGCGGCUGUCCUCCUACAUCAGCAGUAAAGCUCAAAACAACGAACCCCCAGCAACAGAAAGUCAGCAUUACUGUGUGGAUGAGAACACAGAGAGAAGGAAUCACUACCUGGACCUGGCUGGGAUAGAAAACUACACCUCUAGAUUUGAAGGAACCACCCCCGUCAACCCCCCUCAGGAGCCUCAGUGCCGCGGCUCUCAAAGCCAGAGCCGCUCGCGCUCGCAGGAGCCAGACGCCCCGGUCGUUCACCAGCGCCGCUCACAGGUCAUCGGUGACAGCUACAACCCCACAGAGCCUCGAAGCCGGGGUACACAGUUUCUGAAAUCCCCGAAAGGAAACUACAGGGGGAGCGGAGGUAACAACGGGGGCAGCGGAGGCGGAAAAUCCAGCAAAUGUCACGGCUACCACGCUCCUCUGCAAACGGUGCUGCACGGCGGCAGCGCCGCCGGCCACGGAGGUCAGGAUGUGUACCACUUGCCCCACCAAACCCAGCCCUCCGGCCACCAUCAGCAUCCGCUGCAGUAUAGUCACAGUAAACGCUUGAGGGCCAAAACCCGGGAGGCCAUGUCGCCCUCCAAAGUCCCUCAGGCCCACCCACAGCAGCAGCAGCAGCAGCAGGCCGCCAUGCCCUCAGUACUGCCGGGUCUGGAGAGAGAGCAGGCGUCCGGCCCUCCCGGCAGCCCGGGGUUCGUGGUUCCCAUGGUCCAGCGCCACGAGCACCACCACCACCACGAACACCACCACCACCACCACUACCACCACUACCACCAGACAUGACCGCUCCCAGCGUGCAGUGACUGUGACCGUACAGGACCAACCACACCAGUCUCAACGAACCAACGCCAUCCCACGGCGGCGUCUCACGCUCCGCCCGGGAUCUUCUUACUCUCCACCUACAAGCUAUACAGAUAUAUCCUGAGAUUACAUGUACUGAAGAAACGAACAGUGUGACGGCGAACGAUACUGGACCAGAAUGAUGUUGUUGUUUAAGAGGUUUCUGCUAGAAUGGCUGCACGCCUUACAUGCAUUCAUUAAGGGUACCAAUAGAAAGGAGGGUCAGGUGACUCUUGCUUUAACACACUUUCCAUUUGGAAGCUGUUGAUUGAAAUCCCUGGAAGCUACAUGCCAGAGAAGUCGUGUUGUUCUGUGUGAGACAUUUCCAAAACAUGGAUCUCAGGUGUAAAGGUGCUGCUGCUCUCAAACUUCUCACAGAGGCUUCGUCUCUCCCGGAGGCCUGCUGUGGACUGAGGGGUCUCCUUUUUUUGUUUGUUUGUUUGUUUGUUUAUUUUUUUGAGGGGGGUAUGAAAUCACCACUGCCAGUUUUAAUGCAAAAAUAUCUUGCUAUAUGUAUAAAAAAAAUCUAUAUAUGUAAACACAUUUUACUGUAUAAUUAAUAUACUCUAUAUGCAUAUUUCAUCAUGGAUAAUAUUAUGCAUAUAUGUAUUUUGUCUUUUAUA